AACUGGAAAGGGGAUUCGACUAAACGUAGGAGGACGAACGGAGGAAAGAAUAGAGAAAGAGGAAAGGAAGCAGCCACUACGAAAUUGAAAAAAGUAGAGUAAGAAGAGCAGCGACGCACCAGGAAGAAGAAGAGCAAGAAAAGUGGAAAACGUAGAGAAAAGAAUUUAACAACCAGGAAAAUAGUGGCAAGAAAGGCAGUCGCAACAAUAAUAACAGCAGCAAGAAUAAUAAAAGUAAGCCACACAACAGCAACGGUGCAACACAGUACCAGAGCAACACUGAAAGCUGCAAGUAAGUCAACAACAGAUUACGUGCAAUGUUGACAACAGGAAGUGUGACGGCAGGCGGCAAUGGCGACGGCGUCGUCGGUGACUGCCAGGCAUAUAAAUGAAACAAACGGGAAGCGCGAAUGGGUGCUGAACGAUAUUAAAGUGUAAUUAAACAAAAGUUGCUGAUGUCAGGAAGAAAGACAAAAUCAACAAAAACAAAAGGAAUAACAAUAACAAAUCCAACAACAAACACCAUUUAAGCAACAAAGAUUACCAGCGCGCCUCGCUGCAAGAGAGAAAACACGCUGCCACAGCAACAACAACAAAACCUACAUCAGCACUACAAGACAAUGCUGCCACACAUUAGUGACGACGUGAGACUGAGACUUGCGCUAGUGUAUGAGUGUUGAGUUGUUAUACUAAAAGUGUUAAGGAAGUGUUUAAAUUAGGGUAGCAGCACUGAUGGCACUUUGCCAACAAUGCCCUGUCAGCUGCAGAUACAAACACACAACCAAAGCAAAGAGUGAAAUAAAUACAACGAAAAAAAAACGGCAACAAAAGCUGUGAAUUGAAUUGGUUGUUGAAUGCAUGCGUUUGAGUGGGUUAGCAGGCGGGGAAGAUCGGGGGGGCAGAGUGCGAAAAUUAAGUGAAGUGUGGACGUAAACACUUCCGGCUGAAUGACAUUAACAUGGUGCCGAGUGACAGCAACGGCGAAGCAGCGGAAGUGUUACACCAAACGUGCGCAGGUGGUUGCAAGAGGGGCAGGUGGAAAGGGCAGAGGAUUAAAAAUUGUAUAAUAGAAAUUAAGUUAAAUUAGUGAAACGGCAACGCACUAAAACUGAGUGAAUAUCGAUAAUAUUUUAAUACAAACAAUAUAAAAAUUAAAAAUUAAAAAAAAAAAAAAAACAAUGAACCAGAAGUGAGUGUCGAAAGAGGAGAAAAAUAAUAUAAAUUUUAUUAAUAUGAAUUAAUGAAACAGCAUCGACUUAAAACUGAGUGAAUACUGGAAUUUUUUUAAUACAAACAAAGUAAAAAUUGAAAACUAAAAAUUUAAAAUUAAAAAAAAAUUAACUCAAAGUGAUCGUGGAAAGAGGAGAGAAAUAAAUGAAAUUAAAACUAAAAAAGAUUUAUAAAAUAAAGUAGCUAAGUAUGGGAUUAAAAUAUAAAUGAAUAUAAAAAAAAAUUAUUUCAGGCAUUUAUUAUAUAUAGGGCUAAUAAUUCAAAAAAAAAAUAACAAGAAGUGAUGGUGGAAAGAGCAGAGAAAUAAAAUAAAUUUUAAUUUAAAAAUAAAAUGAAAAUAAGUUAAAUAUAAUUUAUUUUAUGUAUUUAUUUAAGUAAAAAUAUUUGAAACAACAAAAAAAAAACGCUAACUGUUAGGGGAUUGGCCGAAAUAAAAAUAAAUGUGAAAUAUUUCGGUAUCCAUCGCAAAGGUUAUCGAAAUUAUAGAAGAUACACAAUAACGCACAAUUUAAAUAUUAUUGACCAAUUUAUUGUAUAUACUAUUUUUUUGUUUUAAUAUAAAGGGUGGUUAAAUUUCAAGGGCCGAUGUUGAAUGUGAACCACACCUAAACGUCAACGACACCUUUGGACUUCUUUCUUAAAAGUACGAAUAAAAAUAGCAUCACGAACUAAAUACCUUUUAGGUAUUUGGCAACUAUUUCGCAAAUAUUUCAGCCUAUUAUUAAGACAAAGCUGAUUUUUUCUAUGUCUUGUCUAGUGAGCUCGAAUCAACUUGGUUUUGUUAGUGGAAAGUCUGCUGUUUUUAGCCUUAACAUUUUUUUCCGAGAACUGUAUUGAUAAAUUUAAGGCUGGUUAUAAAGUAAAUGCCAUUUACACUGGUAUGCUUUUUAUAGUGAUUCUCAUAAAAUAUUGCCAAGUAAAUUUGUACAGCCAAUGUUAUAUUCCCUCAAGUGCAAACCUCAAUUCUCAUUUCUUACAGCAAACUCUAAAAGCGAACAACGUAAAAGAUUUAUAAACAAUCAAAGUGAAGAAUUCAAUUAAACUAACCAGUGGGAAAAAUUCAAAGCAAAAUCAGUUAAAAACUAUUAAAAACGCAUCGCUCGCCCGCCACAUCGCUUAACCAGCCUAAAUGUUCCCGUGGCGGCGACGACGGCGGUGCGUACAACAAAUGCAACAAACACGUCUGCUAUUGCAACUAAAAUGUCGGACGUUGAAAGGGGCCGAAGUGCAACAACGACAACAACAAACACAGCGGCAGCGGCAGCAACAGAAACAGCAACGGCGACCACAGCAACAACAACAGCCACAGCAAAUCAGCGUACAACAAUUAGCAAUGAACAGCAACAACAGCAAUACAAGCAAACAAUUGCAACUCCAGGCGCAGCAGCAGCAGCAGCGGUGAAGUUGCAACAUCAACAACUCUAUCACAAUCAACUUUAUCAACAGCAGCACCAGCAACAACUACAACAGCAGCAGCAGCAAUAUAGCAAAUCCGCAGCGCAUUACAACUACAAUAAUAGCGCAACGGUAGCCCAGGAACGUCAGCAACAACACCAACACCAACAACCACAUUACCAAUUAAUUGCCACAGCCACCGGGGAGUUUGGCAGCAGUGAGGACGAUUCAUCUUUUUUCAGCAGCUGCUUUGGUCUGCUGCUGAAAGUACUCUUCUCACCUCCCGGCUUGGUGGCGUUGGUUGUUGCGUACUCAAUGCUUGGUGCGUGCAUUUUUCCACUGCUCGAGGCGCCACAGGACAUCAAUACUUCGGCAGCGAUUGCAAAGAGUCGAGAGGAGUGCUUGCGUGAGCUGUGGAUUAUAACGGAAAAACUUAACGUCCUUUACGAGCGCAACUGGUCGACUCUGGUGCACGAACAGCUACGCCGCUUCGAGGACUCGGUUGUGGCAGCCACGCGUCACACAAACAACAGCAGUAGCGGCGGCAUGUUUGGCAGCAGUGCAACGGCGCUACGUCGCUACGGCAACACAAUCGACGCGGCGGCAGAUGCAGCGCUAAUGCCAACGCACUGGACUUUUGGUGAGGCGCUGCUGUACUCAGUGACUGUGAUAACGACAAUCGGUCAUGGCAGUUUAACACCACGUACGCCUGCCGGUAAAAUCGCCACCAUUCUGUAUGCCCUAAUCGGUGUGCCACUGAUGUUGAUGUGUCUCUCCAGCUUGGGUGCGCUGCUGGCGGAGGCAUUGCAAUGUACAUAUACGCGCAUCUGCUGUCGGCUAGCAAGGCAUCAACAUAAUCAUCACCACUCACAUCAUCAUCACCAUCAAAACAAACAUGAAAAAGAACACACCGGCAAACAAAAACAUCCGCCCGAACAUGAUCUCUACCAGCAGCAAACGCAUCACCUACAGGUGACAGGCGAGAAGAGCGGACAUUUGCUGGAGGCAUCAGCUGGCAUAGUGGGUGUGAGUGGUAGCGGAGGCAAAUAUGCGAGGCGGUGCAGUGCGGACAGCUUGGAUGAUGGAGCGUUGCUAAAACGUGGACUGAGCGAUUGCCAGCAGGAAAAGGAACAUGAGCUGGAUUUUAAAAAUUGUAAAUACGAUCCAUUGAUUACUGAAACAAAUCUCAGCAACGGUUAUGAUUACAACAGCAGUAGCAACCUGGGUGGGGGUGGCACUGAUUCCGGGGAUGACUCCUGUCGCUUGCUGCACAAUUCACCAGCGAAAUUAAAUCAAAAUCAAAUGUUAACGGCGACGAAAAUCAAUUCACAAUACUAUCACCACCUCCAACAGCAGCAACCACAGUUGCAGCAACAGCAACACCAGCAACAACAAAAACGACCAGAUGUUAUGCUAAUGGCAACAACAGCACUGCCAACACAAAAACCGUUACAACAACAGUACCAACAGUUAUACAGCCGUUCAGCCACGCCAUCACCGCAACAUUUUCAACAGCAGCCACAACAGCAACAACAACAAUCAGCAUUACCGCCGCCACAUGGCUUGCAAACAUUCCACAUCGUAUCGGCCAGCUCAUCGCCCACACACCACGGCCAACAACAACAGCAACAACUGCUGCCACAGUCAACACUACGUCAAUAUGCAACACUGCAACCGCAUCAACAUAAGCCACAACAACAAUAUGUUGCUGUACCCAGCGGUGCUUUGGUGCGUUUCCAAACAACAGCCACACCAACGAUAGCCGCAUCAGCGCUCAGUGGCAGCAGCAAUAAUUGCACAACCGAUGGCAAUGGCAAUGUUGGUAUUGGUGUUGGUGCAACACUCAUCGCCACUGGUUUGUCCAGCAAUUGUUAUCAAUCGGCGAACGUGUCAGUGCCUGGCAGCACAGCUACGGCCACAAUUUACUUUCCCAUUGCCCCACCAGCCCAUCCACAUCCACAGCAACAACAGCCGCAACAGCAGCAGCCCACCUACGCAUCCAUUACGGGCGUUUCCGAGGCGUCAGCCGUACCCACAGCAAACAGUGAUGUGACGAUAGCAAGAACGUUGACCGGUGCGGGAUCCAGCUCUGGCUCCACAGGCGCAACGCAAUUGCUUUGCAAUCAGCCGAUUGUGAAAUAUCACACCAUACAACUGACGCAUGCGAGAAAGCACCAACAACAACAAUUACUAGAAGAGCAAUCAGCGUUGAUAGGCGAGGCUGAUGUGAUGCCACUGCCGCCACCGCCUGCAUACCAAACGGCAACAGUGCAUGGUAUACGCCGAGCGAAAUUCCUCACCAAACCUCUACCACCGGAGAUCAGCACCUUAGUAGCCAGUGAGCGAGAUAUAGCCUGCAGACAUGAUUUAUUAUUGCAACAAAGUGAUGGUGGCAGUAGUGGAAAUAAUUCAUCAAAUACUACCAUAGCACCAACACAAUCGGCACCUACCGCCCCACAGCAAACAAUAACGUCGACAACUACAUCGAAUGCACCAAAUGCAACAUCCGUUGCUAUGCUGACAGCUGGAUUGACAGCAACAGCAGCAGCAGCGGCGACGUGUAGCGGUAAUCCGCCAACAUCAACAUCAACAGUAAACUCCAUUCAAAUGGGCACUUUGAUGUCCGGCACAUCGUCUAUGGUCGGUUCGAAUGCCACUGUUGAUAUAAUGGAGGAUGAGGAGGAGCACGAGCAGCAGCGAUUGGGCAACUGCCCGCACGGCACACCCUCACGUGUACCGCUCAUCGCCGGCAGCAGCAACAUGGGCCACAACAACAACAGCAGCACGGACGAUGAGCAGCGAGGUGCGCGCAAUCUUUUCAAUGCCACCGCAGCCUCCUUUCAUCGUCACACCCUAAACACCUUUCAACGCAACGCAGCUGCACGCAAAUCGGCCAAUUUUACCGCAACACGACGAACAACCGCCUGCAACAUCCAUGCAAACAGUCAUCGAAGUGGGAAAGCGAGCAGCUGUUAUGGCGAUGCGGCAACCGAAACCUCCGACGAAGAAGAAGCCGCUUACAUGCAACGCGAAACAGCACAGGGCGAACAAUUUCGAUUAACCAAGCUCGCCAACAACAACAAGCAUAGCAGAAGAAAUAGCAGUUGCAACCAUGCGGCGGAUGAACAUGAUUACUGUGAUGCCACUGCGUCUACAGCAGACGAUGCAGAUGAUGAGGAUGCCACCUCGAAUGCGGACGGUGAUGAUGCUGGCCCACAGGUACCCAUCAGCAUUGUGCUGCUCAUACUCAUCUGCUACAUUUGUUUGGGAACUGUGAUUUUUGCUUUCUGGGAGAAUUGGUCCAUUGUGGAUGGCGCUUACUUUUGCUUUGUCACCUUGGCCACCAUUGGUUACGGCGACUUUAUGCCCGAGCGUACCUUCCAUGGGCCACAUGUGCAACUCUUCGCUUGUUGCGCGUAUCUGUUGUUGGGCCUGGUGUUGGUCGCCAUGUCCUUUAGUAUACUGGAGACACAGCUGAUGUGGAAGUGCAAACGGAUUGCAGUGCGACUGAAGUUGGCCAAUGAUUGAUAGCGGCAGCGGCUGUUGUGGCGACGCCGAAGUGCUGGAGUGUUGGCGCAAUUUCUGUAAAAUUCUUCAGCAGCAAUACUAUAAGAAAUUAAUGGAGAAAAGGAGUAGAAAUAGAAAAUAAACUAAGCAUAGAAGUAGUUAAGUUGCAGCUAAGUAGUGAUGUGUGAGAAAUGUAAAUAGUUAUGACGUGCAAGAGCUACUAAGCGUGGGAUAUAAAGAAAGCUUUAGGUGAGUGUUUUAUGUGCAUAGGAAUACUGUCAGCGUAGUGUGUAACAUAAGCAAACCACAUAAGAGGUAAACAAUUGUUAUUUAAGUAGCCGCAUUAAAUAAGUGAACCCGUAACCCUUUCACACCUUUGGCUAUAAUAUUUGUGAAACCUUUUGGAUGUCAAUAAGAGAUUUCAUUUAGCAAUGCUGCAUACUCAGUUUUUCAUUUAAAUUUUCAGAAAAAUA